CCGGUUCAAUACAUCAAAAAUGCACUCUCGAGGUCAUCAAAACAAUGGAAAAUCAUGAUCAUCUGUCUAACCCAACCCUUAAUUCAUCUUCUUCCAACACAAGUUCCUAUGACUUGCUCAAAAUAGUCUAUGAUCCCCAAAACGUUAAUCUAGAUUACUUCAGAGAUAUCCCUCUUAACACUCAAAACAAAACAUGGAUUAGACUUUUCAGACCUGAUAUCUCUCUAGACAUGAACAAACUCCCGCUCAUAGUUUACUUCCAUUCUGGUGGGUUCAGUUGUCCAGUUACAUCUGUCCACCAUGACUUUUGCAAAUCCAUGGCAAUCCAUUUACCCGUAAAUCAUCGUCUGUCACCUGAAAAUAGACUCUCAGCAACCUACGAGGAUGCUGAAGACGCCUUAUUUUGGGUUCAAAACCAAGCCUUGGAUGCAGUUAAUGGUGAUCCAUGGUUGAGAGGUUAUGUUGAUUUUUCUGAGUGUUUCAUUAUGGGGUGCAGUUCAGGUGGAAAUAUUGCAUAUCACGUUGGUUUAAGAUCGUUAGAAUUGAAUUUAGAACCCAUACAAAUUUCCGGGCUCAUUUUGAACCAACCAUAUUUUGGUGGAUUAGAAAGAACUGGAUCAGAAUUGAGAUUGAUUAAUGAUAAAGUAUUGUCAUUAGCUAAAACUGAUGUGAUGUGGGAACUAGCUUUGCCACAUGGUGCUAAUCGAGAUCACUGGUAUUGUAAUUCGAUAGCCAAAGAUGCAACAAGUAGGAAAAAGCUUGAUGAUGAAAGGUUGAUCAAGUGGCGGUGUUUGGUUACUGGGUUUACUCAAGACCUGUUGAUUGACCGUCAGAUAGAGUUUGUCAAGAUGUUAGAGAAUGAAAGUCCCAUGAAAGUUGUAAGUUUGAUGAAAGAUGGUGGAUACCGUUUAGUUGCACAUUUUGAUUCCGAAAUAGCUGAAGAAUUGUUUAAUGUAAUGAGAGAAAUAAUCUUCUCUAGUAGUAAAUGAUGCUAAUGUCAUUAGUGUUGCUGCUUCAAUUUGAAACUGUUUGCUUUA